CUUUGGAUAGCUUUUGAAGUCUAUUUUCAUAUUUGAGUGGCCACAGUUCGAGAGGAGAGAGCAAUCAUCCAAAAAUCGAUCUGGAACGAGCAGAGGUCUGUGAACUCGAGCUGUGAGAGUGCUGAGACUGUUUGGUCGAUAUCUCGAGUUUUACCAAUCCAAUUAAGGCGUGUGAGAUACCAAAAGAAAGCUCUCAAGACGAGGAAUCCGUGAAGGUCUGGUUUGCACCAAUCGGAGUAGAGGAAGGCUUCCAAAUCGUCCGAGCAAAACACAACCUCGCAGAAACGGAUUUACUCUUCUAAAGAAACGAGUUAGCCGGAAAACACCCAUUCUAGGGGCUGUUUUCGUACCAACGUUUAGGGGUUGAUCUAGCACCUUGAAGAGGCUGUUUAGCAAUCAUAUUUGAGCAAGGAAUCAGUUCCAAAUCCACCUUGACCGAAGCUUUGACCAUUGGACCAAGAAGGGAAAGUUUAAGGCUCAAUUGAGGUUGAGGCUAGAGCUUGCUUCCUGUGCUCGUUGCUCGAGAGAUCAUCUAGGAGCGAAGACUUGGUUCGUGCUUCCUCCAUUCGGAUUUUAAACAUUAAUAAACAUGCUCAUGGAUAUUUUAAUAUAGAGCCUGCGUGCUCAUGAAUAGCCCUGUGUGGCCCUUUUGUUUUAAACAAUGUUUUCCGCUGCUUUAUGAAUUACUUAUUAUGUUGUUUAUGGAUGACUUGUGUGUGAAUGAUAUUCAUGACGCCUUGUAUAAUAUGAAUGUGUUGGACUGCGGUUGACUAUUCGUAUUGUACGGCGGGUUGUCGACGUGCCCGGGGAGGUCCGGGGCGUGACAAUUAAGUUGGUAUCAGAGCCAGGUUCAUAAACUUCAUAAUGAAGUCUCAAAAUUCUUUUUUGAAAAGAUUUUGAAAACCAUGAGCAUAGAAGUUUUGUACUUGGAGAGCUUUUGGUACUUGGGUUGCAAGGUCUCUAAUUGUUAAGAUGGUACCCUUAGCAAUUGGUAUGGCGGUGACUCGAGCCAAGUGUGUCUUAAGUACCUAUCCGUCAAUUGACAUUUGAUACGAGUCUAAUGACUCUUUCCAAAUUUCUUUCAGAAAUGGACCGUGGUGGCAGGAUUACUAGGAGAAACCCGACGGGCCGUGUACCAGUGGAGACUGGACAGGGCAGUCGAAGGACCUCUAGGGCAUCUAGAGGAGCUGGCCGUGGAGGCCGAUCACAGACCGUGAGUGACGGUCAUGUUGACACAGAAAGUGAAACCUACUGGUCCUAUGAGGACUCGACUUACCAACCGGAGACCGAGCCGGUUGAGACCCCUUACGAAGGGGAUGACGAUGAUGUAAGUGAUGAAGAGGGGGAGAAUGACUCCCUAGCAAGAAUUGAGGCGCUGCUCCAACAAUAUCAACGGGAGCGCGAGGAAAGGAGGCAACGCCGAAGACGGCGAGCGGGGCAACCUUCGGGCAUGGCUUCGAGAGGAGGAAGUCAUGGUGCAUCUAGAGUCCAUGUGGAACCACAUGGAGGCCAAAAUGAUGGAGGUCCAACCAUAAGGAUCUCCAAAUUUAUCAAAGAAGCAAGAGAUUUGGGGUGCAAACCCUUUGAUGGAGCAGGGGACAUUUCAGUUGCAGCACAAUGGAUUAAGAGGCUAAAUGAAGCAGCCCUUGACAUGCAAAUCGCGCCAAAUCUCAAACUGAGAAUUGCGGUAAGAUUGCUCGAGGGGAUGGCAUCCAAGUGGUGGGAUGGAACCAAGAGCAAGUACGGUGAGACCGUCGUUUGGGAGGACUUCCAACGGGAGUUCUUUGCCCAAUAUUAUUCUGAUUUUGAGGUGAACAAGAAGGUGAGGGAAUACACCCUCCUGACCCAAGGAGGUAACAUGACAGUGAAGGAACUUGAGUACAAGUUCCGGGAUCUCGCCGACUACAUACCGGAGUAUGCUUGUGACGAGAACCGAAUGGUAAACCACUUUUGGGAUGCUCUUGACUUGGAGAUACGUGAUAGGGCAACACAAUUGCCUAAUAUGACCUUCGCCCAAGUGGUUGACCAAGCGUUGAAGGGGGAGAAACAGUGGGAGGAGAGGAAGAAGAGAGACGCCGAGGAGGCGAAAAAGAGAAAAUGGGAGAGUCAUGGCUCCCAAGGUUCCAACAAAAAGGGGAACCAUGGAGGAGGAUCUUUCCGGGCACCGCCGCCACCGUCUAGGGGGAAUCAAGGCCCGAGUGGGCAAGGCUCGAGGUCACAAACCUCGGUGGUAACUCGUUGCAACAAUUGCAAGAGGAACCACUCCGGUAAAUGUCGCGACCCCCCUAGAUGUUUUCAAUGUGGGGAUGCCGGGCAUUUGAAGGCGCAUUGCCCACAAUUGGGUGGGACAAGGACAUCGGGACCGAGCAGUGGCCCGACGGGUACACGGAAUCAAACCGGAGCUUCUCAAGCGAGCCGGGGACAUGGGGGAGCGAGUGCGAGCAACGCGCCAUCCGUGAAUCAAGGAAGAACUCAAGCUAGAGUUUAUGCGAUGACGGAGGCGGAUGCUCGAGCUAACCCGGACUCGGUUGCAGGUAUUGCCUCUUGCACAAUUGUAUUUUGUCCAUAGUUAAUCCAUAAAUUGAUGACAUAAGUCAUAGGGAUUGAGUGCGAGCCAUUACGGGGUCAAACGGCGAAAUUCGGGCCAGAACUGACCAAAAAACAGGGACGCACGAUCGUGCGUCCAACCCCACGCACGAUCGUGCGUAGGGGGCAGUGGUUCCGGGUGAUGUUCGCGCAGGACGCACGACCGUGCGUGCCGGUACGCACGCCGUGCGUGGACGCACGAUCGUGCGUGUCCGGGUACGCACGACCGUGCGUAACCGGCAGUAGCCGGAAGCGAAUUCUUCCAUGCACGCACGACCGUGCGUGUCCCACGCACGACCGUGCGUGGACCCCAGCCGCCCGAAACCUACGUUUUUCAUCUCGUUCUUCUACGAUUGGACCCCCGUUUGAUUCCGAACAUUUAUAUGAACCUAUUAACCUCCUAAAAAGUGUCCUAAACCAUUAGGAAAUGUAUCUUACAUGGUGUGUAAAUGUAGGAACAUUAAAGAUUAAUGGGAAGGAUGCACGAAUCCUUAUCGAUACCGGAGCGCAACGUUCGUUCGUGAGUGAGGCGUUCGCCGAGGACUUAGGGGUACAAUCAAUACCAAUGACGCACACAUUAGUGGUAUCGACACCACUAGGGGAUGACGUCGAAAGAACUAGUUGUUAUCCAUCUUGUGAGGUGGAAAUUGAUGGCCAAACCUUGACGUGUGAUUUCGUACCGCUGAGUAUGAUGGAGUUCGAUGCAAUCCUAGGGAUGGAUUGGCUAGAAAAGCAUCAUGCUAGGGUAGAUUGCUACACAAAGGUUUUGGAACUCGAAGGCAAUAAUGGGGACACCCUACGCUUCGAGGGGGAUCGAGGUAAAUCAAACAGCUGUAUUAUCUCCGCCGUGAGAGCGAGAAGUAUGAUGAGAAAGGGAUGCCACGCAUACCUAGCAUACGUGGUUGACAAAACCAAGGAGGAAACGAACAUGGACGACGUGAGGGUGGUUUGUAAGUACCCGGAUGUCUUCCCUAAAGACCUACCGGGGCUUCCACCUGAUAGGGAGAUUGAAUUUGUGAUCGAGGUCGAGCCUGGUACCAAACCGAUCUCCAUACCGCCAUACCGUAUGGCACCCGCUGAACUUAACGAGUUGAAAACCCAAUUGCAAGAGCUUUUGGAUAAUGGUUUCAUUAGACCAAGCCACUCCCCGUGGGGAGCACCGGUUCUUUUUGUGAAAAAGAAAGACGGGACACUUCGAAUGUGCAUUGACUAUCGUCAGCUGAACAAGGUCACAAUCAAGAAUAGGUAUCCGUUGCCUAGGAUUGAUGACUUGUUUGAUCAACUACGAGGAGCAACCGUGUUCUCGAAGAUUGACUUGAGGUCGGGGUACCAUCAAUUGAAGAUUAAGGAAGAUGACAUACCAAAGAGUGCCUUCCGCACAAGGUAUGGGCAUUUUGAAUUCCUUGUUAUGUCGUUUGGGCUAACAAACGCCCCGGCGGCAUUCAUGGACUUGAUGAACCGAGUAUUUCAUAAAUACUUGGACCGAUUCGUGAUUGUGUUCAUAGAUGACAUCUUGAUUUACUCAAAGAGUGAAGAAGAGCAUGAAGAGCACUUGAUACUUGUUCUUGAGACACUACGGGAGAAGCAACUUUAUGCCAAAUUUUCUAAAUGUGAAUUUUGGCUAAAGGAAAUCGGCUUUCUCGGGCACGUGGUUUCGGGAUCGGGAAUUGCUGUUGAUAACAAGAAGAUAGAAGCCAUUACUGAAUGGGAGAGGCCAAAGAACGUCAAGGAAAUUCGUAGUUUCCUUGGAUUGGCAGGCUACUACAGAAAGUUCGUGGAGAAGUUCUCUGUUUUGGCAUCGCCAUUGACGAAGCUCACCCGUAAAGGAGCUAAGUUUGUAUGGGAUGACAAAUGUGAGAAAGGGUUCAUGGAACUAAAGAAGAGAUUGACUGAGGCACCGGUACUUGCAUUACCCAAACAAGGUGUGGGGUACGAUGUCUAUAGCGACGCGAGCAUCCAAGGGCUUGGAUGUGUACUGAUGCAGAAUGGGAGGGUAAUUGCCUAUGCUUCACGACAAUUGAAGAAGCAUGAGGUGAAUUAUCCUACUCAUGAUUUGGAGCUGGGGGCAGUGGUGUUUGCACUAAAGAUAUGGAGACAUUAUCUCUACGGGGAGACAUGUCACAUAUACACUGAUCACAAGAGCUUGAAGUACGUGUUUACUCAGAAAGAGCUAAACAUGAGACAGAGACGGUGGAUGGAGUUGAUAAAAGACUACCAUCUAGUGAUAGAGUAUCACCCCGGCAAGGCAAACGUGGUGGCAGAUGCUUUGAGCCGGAAGAGCUCGUCUGGGGCAUUGCUAGCUAAUUUGAGGGCAUUAAGGGCCCAACUGGAGGUAUCUAGCGAUGGUGCCUUAUUGGCACGAUUUGAGGUGAGACCUACUUUACUUGACGAGAUCAAGAAGGGUCAGGAAACUGACGAAGAAAUUAUGAAGAUCCGGGAACGCAUGCAAGCGGGACCGGUGGAGGAUUUCAGGGAAAGAGAUGAUGGUCUCUUAUUAUUUCGUGACCGAGUGUGUGUACCGGCAGAUGACGAGCUCCGAAAGUCCAUCUUAGAGGAAGCUCAUUCAUCGGCUUAUGCCAUGCACCCGGGGGGCACGAAGAUGUACCGUGACCUGAAGGAGAGUUACUGGUGGUCAGGUAUGAAGAGAGAAAUAGCCGAAUAUAUCAGUCGAUGCCUUACUUGCCAACAAGUUAAGGCAGAACAUCAGCAUCCAGCAGGCUUGUUACAACCACUUUCCAUUCCUGAAUGGAAGUGGGAACAUGUGACAAUGGAUUUCGUGGUAGGUUUACCACGGACAAUUCGGAACUAUGAUGCAGUUUGGGUUGUUGUGGAUAGGCUCACGAAGAGUGCACACUUCUUGCCUAUCAACACUACCUACCCACUUGAGAGGUUAGCCAAAUUGUAUACGGAUGAGAUCGUGAGGCUGCAUGGGGUCCCAGUGACCAUUGUAUCUGAUAGAGACCCACGAUUCACAUCACGUUUUUGGCCGAAAUUUCAGGAGUCUAUGGGAACGAGGCUGAAGUUCAGUACUGCUUUCCACCCACAGACGGAUGGGCAGUCUGAAAGAGUCAUACAGAUCUUAGAAGACAUGCUGAGGGCUUGUGCAUUGGAGUUUCAAGGAAGUUGGGACAACCACUUAGCACUCGUGGAGUUUGCCUAUAACAACAGUUAUCAGGCAAGCAUCGGCAUGCCUCCAUACGAGGCAUUGUAUGGGAGGAGGUGCCGUACACCGUUAUGCUGGGAUGAGGUUGGCAUGGCCAAACUCGAGGGUACUGAGUUGGUUGAGGUCACCAAGUCAAAGGUGAAGUUGAUUCGAGAGAGACUCAAGGCGGCUCAGGAUAGGCAAAAGAGUUAUGCAGAUAAGCGACGAAGAACCUUAGAGUUUAAGGUUGAUGACGAGGUAUUCUUGAAAGUUUCUCCUUGGAAAGGAAUCAUUCGAUUCCAAACCCGGGGAAAGCUUAACCCACGGUAUAUAGGCCCAUUCAGAAUUAUAGAGAGGGUUGGGGCCGUAGCAUAUCGUCUACAGUUGACUCCUGAGUUGGAGAAGAUUCAUAAUGUAUUUCACGUGUCCAUGCUUAAGAAGUAUGUGCAUGAUCCUUCUCACGUGUUGGAGAAGCCGCCCGUGGAGGUACGUGAAGAUUUGAACUAUGCCGUGCAACCGGUAAGAGUUAUUGACAGAAAAGUGAAGAAACUGAGGAGUAAGGAAGUUCCAAUGGUUAAAGUCCUUUGGAAGAGUGACCGGGUCGAAGAAGAGACUUGGGAAACAGAGGCUUUGAUGAGAAAGCAGUAUGCUUUCCUAUUCGAGUAGAGCUGUGAAUUUCGGGGACGAAAUUCCUGUUAAGGGGGGGUGAACUUGUGACACCGCACCCGAAUGUCCUUGGAAAUUUGAUUUGAAUAUUCAAAGCUUAUGUAUUGGAUUUCUGAUUCCCAAACAUUUUGUAAAACGAUCAAUGUUCUACGUAGUGCAUGGUUGAAUAUCGUACUGUUCAAACUCGUACAUUAGUGUCGGGUUUCGCAAAUACUUACUCGGGACUUAUUAAUAAAUAAAAGAGCCCAACAUUAUCUAAAUAAGUGAUCGAAGGAUUAAAGAAGAAUACAAAUGCCUAUAACCCCAUCUUUGGCAUUUUUGAGCUAAAUAAUGGGAGUAGGAUUUUCCUUCUAUAACCUCCAUCAAGUAAAUUAUUGGGAUGAGCCUACACAUAUUGGAGGUCAAUAAUGUGAUUUAGGAAGUUGACUUGUUCUAAAUAAAUUAGGAUGAGUACAAAAAGACAUCUUUGACAAAGAUAAAACAAUAGGACCCAUCUUCCCAUUUUUGGAAGUAUUGGUAGAUAUUUUGGACCCCAAAAUUGAUUGGGGUUAAUUGGGGGGCAUCCCAUGUGGCUUGAGUACCUGCAAGACAAGGAAAAUAUGUGAGGAGACUCACCUUGGCCGCACCACAUGGAGAAGCAUUGCCCAUGACACAAUUGGGAUCAAAUCUUGGGGCCACCACCACUGUUUUCGCACAAACAGGUGUGCUGUUUUGUCUCCCUUCAUUUUGAGAGUUGUACUCGUCCAAAUGGGGUGUAUAAGGUGUCUUUGGAUAGCUUUUGAAGUCUAUUUUCAUAUUUGAGUGGCCACAGUUCGAGAGGAGAGAGCAAUCAUCCAAAAAUCGAUCUGGAACGAGCAGAGGUCUGUGAACUCGAGCUGUGAGAGUGCUGAGACUGUUUGGUCGAUAUCUCGAGUUUUACCAAUCCAAUUAAGGCGUGUGAGAUACCAAAAGAAAGCUCUCAAGACGAGGAAUCCGUGAAGGUCUGGUUUGCACCAAUCGGAGUAGAGGAAGGCUUCCAAAUCGUCCGAGCAAAACACAACCUCGCAGAAACGGAUUUACUCUUCUAAAGAAACGAGUUAGCCGGAAAACACCCAUUCUAGGGGCUGUUUUCGUACCAACGUUUAGGGGUUGAUCUAGCACCUUGAAGAGGCUGUUUAGCAAUCAUAUUUGAGCAAGGAAUCAGUUCCAAAUCCACCUUGACCGAAGCUUUGACCAUUGGACCAAGAAGGGAAAGUUUAAGGCUCAAUUGAGGUUGAGGCUAGAGCUUGCUUCCUGUGCUCGUUGCUCGAGAGAUCAUCUAGGAGCGAAGACUUGGUUCGUGCUUCCUCCAUUCGGAUUUUAAACAUUAAUAAACAUGCUCAUGGAUAUUUUAAUAUAGAGCCUGCGUGCUCAUGAAUAGCCCUGUGUGGCCCUUUUGUUUUAAACAAUGUUUUCCGCUGCUUUAUGAAUUACUUAUUAUGUUGUUUAUGGAUGACUUGUGUGUGAAUGAUAUUCAUGACGCCUUGUAUAAUAUGAAUGUGUUGGACUGCGGUUGACUAUUCGUAUUGUACGGCGGGUUGUCGACGUGCCCGGGGAGGUCCGGGGCGUGACAUACUAUACCAAUCAAAGCCUAAUAUCUUACCAUCCGUGACUAGAUAUUUUGAAUGGAA